AUGUGUUAUCGAUUUUCUUUAGAUGAUAUAUUGUAUUUAGAUAACUCUCGUCGCCCAGAGCGAGUAGAUGAUGAUUCUGACGAUGCAGAAUACUGCGUACCAGAGGAUGACAGCGAGACAUCGAACAGACGCAGCAGAAUAGGUGAAAGCGAUGAUAUCUUUUAUGAUAUCGACACCUCAAGGACAGGCCAAGAUGGUUUCACAUAUUCAACUGAGUAUGAUGCUGAUCAGGAAAUAGCCAGGCUGCAAAAAGAAUUUCAAGACAAACAAAUAGCUAUCAAAAUGGAUCAUGAAAGAAGAAUGGUGGUAAUGAGAAAGAGAUUUGUAAGACAAAUGGACGCCACAUAUUCGGGCAGGAAUGCAGAAGAUGACAACUACGAGACACCUCCUAAAAAGCCCUAUGAGUUCACAGAGACAAAGUAUACCGGUCUGUGUAUCAUUAUAAACAAUAAUACAAGGUAUUCACGGGCAGCAGCAUCUCUUCGUGAGUUCUUCGCCACCAAAGGUUACGAAGUGGAAUUCCACGACAGUCCGAAGAAGGAAGAAAUGAAGUCGAUUUUCGAUUCACUGAAGUCGAAGGAUUUUGAUAACUACGGAUGUUUCGUGUGUUUCGUUCUUUCUACAGGUAACGACACGCAUAUUGAAACUGCAGACAACUUGUCAAUUAAAAUGAGAAAAAUCGUGAAAUACUUUAAUCCAAAUGAUUGUCCCAAGCUUGACGGGAAGCCAAAAGUAUUUUUCUUCCAGAAUGGGAUAGAUUUCUAUGAUGCUAAGAAUUUGUGGGAAGCUGACGACAACGAGACUACACCAUUUCCAACUUAUGCUGAUGCAUUUGUCGUGCGAUCAACUCUGAGAGAUUUUAUCGACAGAUUCGUUACAAUAUUAAAGGAUUAUCCAGGAAAAUCGCUUUCUACCAUCAUGACCGUACUGCAAUCAGAAACACUUUCUUCAUUCACCAGCAAUGAGCAAUACCAAGCUAUAUCUACCAUGGCAAAAGAGGUUUACCUCGCUGCACAAAAAUCUGAGGUCAAGACUUCGAAUACCCGGGUAAUAGCCCGUAUUCACGCGCCCGCGGAGAAAGAAUUGAACGAGUUGACGGAAGAAAAGUCUACACUCAGUUCCCCGGGCGAUAUUCCACAUACAUCGGCUCAUGUUCAUACGUCCAUGUCUAAAGAAAAAUUGGUCGAUACAGGGGGACCGGUAGAAGGUGGAUUAUCUGUAACGGAAUAGUGAUGAGAAAAUUUUGCAAGCUGUCAUCCAGUACAUCUAACGUUGUUUGAAUGUUUUCCAAUGAAACAAUUGAUGAUAUACUAAUUAUUUGAUCAACUUUGUAAAAUAAAAUGCUACAUAUUAACUGCCUGAAUAAUCGUUGCGAUUAAUUUUUUUGUUGCCGCCUACUCUAUUUUUAAAUUGGAUAAUCCUGAAAGUUUGAUAAAAUUGAAAGUACCGGCAACAACUUACCCUCUUUAUAUAAAUCUGUCUUUGCUAUAAAAGUGCAAUUACUUAACGUUUGACUCUAAAAUUAUCAAAGUCAAUUCUACUAGUGAACUGCACAUAAAUAAAUUUAUUACGCAUAUUUAUGUAAUCAUAUGUUUGUAAUAAUAUACUUUGCGUAGUUUGCAUGUAAACCACCUAAUUGUUGGCUGUAUAGCGUUAUGAUUAUCGUGUUUUACUCACUUUAUAAUGGCAGUCUUGGCAACUUUGGUAGCAGUGCUUGUAUUGAUUUGUUUGUAAUAGUUUUUACAAUCUGCAGUUAAAGUUUGUCAAAUACACAAUUGUGACAUAUUUAUGACUCAUAUGCGCAAUAUAAAUGUACAAUUAGCAAUGAUAACGACUAAAGAAAAGCAUAUUUAAAAGUAUAUUUGUUUAUUUAGAAACUUUGUUUUGCAAUCGAGUCUUUCACUUUGUAUAUAUAUUGUGCGUUACGUGUUUUGAAAUAAUAGACAUAACCAAUUGUAAAAGAGUAAUGACC